AAUCGCCGUCGGUCACUCUUUGAGGUGCUCUAGUCUCAAUCUCUCUCCAAACAACAAAAAAACGAAGAGAUUUCUUCGUUUUUGUUGUUACUUUCCGACUAAUUCUUCGAUCAAGAGAGGAGAAUGAGUUCUCAGAUAUUCAGAUCCGCUUCUCGAGCUGCUAGGUCUUUCAUCUCUUCUGCUUCUAAGCAGAAGCCUCGUCUAUUUUCCGAAGGACGAUCUGCUGCUGCUGCAACAGCAGUUUCGAUCAAAGGAGUGCUGCCAGCUGUUGCUUCUUUUGGGCGUGAUAAAUCUGGAAACACCUCCGGCACAUGGAUCGCUGGAGCAUUAGCACUCCCUGCUGCAGCUUACAUGCUACAGGAGCAAGAGGCACAUGCAGGAGAGAUGGAGCGAACUUUCAUUGCUAUCAAGCCAGAUGGUGUGCAAAGAGGACUGAUUUCAGAGAUUAUAGCUCGGUUUGAACGUAAAGGGUUCAAAUUGGUAGCUAUUAAACUUGUGACCCCUUCAAAGUCAUUCGCCCAGAAGCAUUACCAUGAUCUCAAGGAACGACCAUUUUUUGAUGGGUUGUGCAACUUCCUUAGCUCUGGCCCUGUUCUUGCCAUGGUUUGGGAAGGAGAAGGUGUGAUCAAAUAUGGGCGUAAACUCAUUGGAGCCACAGACCCACAGAAAUCAGAGCCUGGAACCAUCAGAGGUGAUUUGGCUGUUGUUGUUGGAAGGAAUAUCAUCCAUGGAAGUGAUGGUCCAGAAACCGCAAAGGAUGAAAUAAACCUAUGGUUCAAACCAGAGGAGGUGUCAAGUUACACAAGCAACCAAGAAAAGUGGGUGUAUGGAGACAACUGAUGCCAUGGCAUUUAAUACUUCCUCGCGCGUGUUAGUCAAAAAUUAGUAGUUUCUUUUCUUGGUGCAAGAAUAAGAAGAGCAAAAGAAUAAAAUUGUUUUCAUUUUCUUCUAUAGAAAUGAGGAAAUCAGGAAAUCAGUAUAUCAGUUUUGUUGUUUAAGGAGAUCCAUGCUUAAAGAACAUGUUUUUAGUUGUUAAAGACGAACGAGUAUUUGGUUGGAAUAGUUUUAUAUUGAAAGCUACUUUUUGGCCUGA